GACGACAGAUGAAGGGAAAGAUAGAACACUGUGGUGUCUGAGGAUGAGUGAACAUAUAUAGAUUAGCCAAUCAGAACUGGGCUAGAGAAAGAACACAGCUUGGUGAUAAACACACCCAGACUUCAUAUCAGUCCAAUGGAUUUCAUUGGGAACAACAGAGAGGAGAGAGCUAUUGAACAAAUGACAACACAUUACAGGCAUUAACACACUGUCCAGCAACUGUCCCUCCUCUUUUGGCUCAACCUCAACGAGAGGCACUGGAUCGGCUUCGGAGGACCAGGAAGAGGAGUUUGAAGAACAGUAGGAGAUUGAAGAGGAGGAUCCGGGUAGCCAUGAGAACUGCCAGGCGGGCCAGUGCCAUGGAGGUGCCCUCAUUCCUGCGCCAGCUGGUGAAGGAAACCGAGAAGAUGGUAACCUUCUUCUUUAAGGGUGGACGACGGGACUCGGGAGCUGAUGAUGACUACUUUGAAAAUGAGGAGGAUAUAGGUAGACCCUACCUAGAAAGGCCCAUUUUGGAGAAAGAUAUGGCAGAAGGGGGUUCGAAAUGGGGUAUUAACUACGCCAUGGCCAGUAUGCAGGGCUGGCGUGCCCAGAUGGAGGAUGCCCACACCUGCAUGCCAGAGAUGACCGAUGCCUUGCCAGACUGGAGCUAUUUUGCCGUGUACGAUGGACAUGCGGGGAGAACGGUGGCUCAGUACUGCUCCAAAAACCUGCUGGAUUUUAUUCUCGACACAGGCUGUGUGAAGGUGGAAGAGGAUGUAGAGCAUGUCAAAGAGGGCAUCAGAGAUGGCUUCCUCGAGAUCGACCGCCACAUGCACACCCUGUCCCGUAAUGAGAGCUGGGACCACAGUGGAUCUACAGCAACCGCUGUUAUGAUCUCUCCACGAAACAUCUACUUCAUCAACUGCGGCGAUUCACGGACCUUCCUUUGCCGUGACGGUCAUGUGGUCUUCUACACCGAGGACCACAAACCCUGCAACCCACGCGAGAAAGAGCGCAUCCAGAACGCCGGCGGCUCCGUCACCCUGCAGCGGAUCAACGGUUCACUGGCCGUGUCCCGCGCCCUUGGCGACUUCGACUUUAAGGAGGUGGAAUGGAGGGCUCAGACCGAACAGCUGGUGUCACCUGAACCAGAGGUGUACGAGCUGGAGCGAACACCAGAAGAUGAGUUCCUGGUAGUGGCAUGUGAUGGUGUCUGGGACGCCAUCGGUAACGAGGAGCUGUGUGCGUUUGUGCGCAACCGCCUGCAGGUCUGUGAUGAUCUGAGGGAGAUCUGCGCUCAGGUCAUUGACCUCUGCCUCUAUAAGGGAAGUUUAGACAACAUCAGCAUUAUCAUCAUCUGUUUCGAUGGCGCCCCCAAGGUGACACCAGAGGCACUGCAACGUGAGGCUGAGUUAGAGCAGCUCAUUGAGCAAAAAGUGGAAGAGAUCAUUCAAGUGAUCAGAUCUAAAGAUGGGGAACCUGACCUGCUCUAUGUGAUGAAAUUCCUGACAUCUGAAAAUAUUCCCGGCCUCCCACCAGGUGGAGGAAUCUCAUGCAAGAGAGAUUGCAUAAUUGCUGCAUAUCAGAAAUAUGCAGCAGCCUUUAGACCUCUUGAGCCAAUGGAUAUUGGGGGUUCUGAUGACUCCACCUAGUGGCCGUUACCCAGAAGACGGAAUCAAGCCUUGAAUCUCUGUAGAUGUAAUAAUUGGUGUGAGGAUGAUAUUUGUGUGCCACCUGCUUUACAGAGGUCAAAUUGUUUAGCCAAACUGUUCCUUUUUUAAAUCAAUGUUGUGUAUUGUACACAUGGAAACAGAAACAGGAGAUGUAUUUAUCAAAUACUUUCAUAAAAGUGGCUUUUGCACCAUUUUCACAACUAUUGGUGGCAGUACCUGAUUUUUGGCGUGUUCGCACCGCAGGAACUGGGAACAAUUUUAGGUCUUGGAACGCCUUUUGGGGGGACUGAAUUAGCUCCUACUUCAGAGUAGGGUCUAAUCCAGCAUAAUAGGAAAUACCACUGAUUGGCCGAAUACCAUACGAUGCCAUACGAAACACCGGCACUCGCUAUUUUUAAAAAACAGCCUGUAAACACACAGUUUACAUAUACUUACUCCACGAGCUAUCUACAUGAAUGGGGAAAACAGCGAUAGAUGGACCGACACAACUUUACGCUACACAGUUGUUGACGUUGUUGAAUGCUGCACUUAAAGGUGCCCAAGAAAGCUUUUUCACAAGAUGUAAUAUAAGUCUAAGGUGUCCCCUGAAUGUGUCUGUGAAGUUUCAGCUCAA